CAGAUCCAGCGAUCAUCCUCCGCCAGCAACCUGCGCUCUUUCUUUGGCGGCGGCUCGCGCUCGCGACGCAAUUCGGUCGCCGAUGAGCCCUCAGAUACCAUCCUAGUCCCCAACGGCAUGGCACGCUCUGGCUCCACGAAAUCUACCGCUUCGCAUGCGGCGAACUCCAGCUCUCGUCAUGGCCGUGCGUCCACUGACUCGGCCGUCAGCCCCCGCCGAAGCAUCGGUUCUCUGUCCGCUUCUGACCGCGAGGACGCCUCAGGGAGCCAUUCCGGCGUCAUGUCUCCCAUUGUCGAAUCGCCCACCGCCAUCCGUCAGGAGUUCUUCGGCCCCGAGGCAGGCAUAGGACCGUCUAUGAGCAACCAUUCUACGCUUUCUAGUCAUGGCAGUAGCAGUGGGUUCCUCAGCGCUGGACCCAAAGAUGCGGAUGCGGUUUCCAUCAUUUCUGCGACGACGGGCAAGAAGAGCCGCCCAUGGCGCCGGUCUGCGACCACCUCCGGCGCCUCGCCUCCCAGAUCGGGGAAAAAGCCGACGGGGCUGGCUUCGGCGAUCGCGGCUUCUGGUCUGGCCAUGGUUAAUCCCGCGUCCACGGCGGUGCCUUCGAUGCCGGGAAUGACACUGCCCAUGCAGACGUCGCCUCCCGCGUUACCGAAGCGUACGCGUGUUGGUUCGGCUCCCGGGCUGCCGAAUGGCACGGCUUCACGCUCGAGGCAGACGUCGAUUUCGAUGAGCGAACCUCGGUCAGAGGAAGGCGUCGAAGUCAAGGAUUCAGACUCGGAAUCAGGAAGCGAAUUGAGUGACGAUGAGUUGGACCUCGACCCGGAUGAUAUACCCGUCACCGGUUUCGCUGUGGCAAGCAGUAAGCGCAACGCAGAUUUUCAUGAGCUCUUUCCCGGUAUACCCGAGGGCGACUACCUCAUUGAAGAUUAUGGUUGCGCAUUGCAGCGCGAAAUUCUAAUACAAGGCCGAAUGUACAUAUCAGAAAACCACAUUUGCUUCCAUGCGAAUAUCUUUGGAUGGAUCACGGACCUUCUCAUCCCUAUGUACGAGGUGACCCAGCUUGAAAAGAAAAUGACGGCCUUCGUCAUCCCCAAUGCCAUUCAGAUAUCCACACCCUCCCAGAAGUAUAAUUUCGCCUCCUUCCUCAGCCGUGACACCACCUUCGACGUCCUGUACAAUGUGUGGCGCCUCGCCCGGCCUGAUGAAUCGUCGUUUGGAGGAUCGGGCCGACCGUCGCUCGAGGAGUCUAUAAUUGGCGCAGCUGCCCCGGCCCAGGGCGCAAGCGUCGGUGCAAGAAAGGCGACGCGAUGCGCGUGCGGUAGAGAUGGAAAGCAUUAUUCGGAGACGGCGAUGGAGGCCAUCCUCCCGGGCACGCCUGAGAAGAUCUACAACCUGUUGUUCGCAAGUGGAUUCAUCAAAGAAUUCAUGAUGAAUGAACAGAUGUUGAUGGACCUCCAAAUAUCCGACUGGACGCCGUUACCCAAUAAUCCGAAGCUGCUCGCCCGGAACAUGUCCUACAUCAAGCCACUCAACGGAAGCAUUGGACCGAAGCAAACCCGUUGCGAGCUUCGCGAUGAGAAUGAACACAUCGACUUCGACGAUUACAUCUCGACGAUCACCACGACAAGGACUCCUGAGGUGCCUAGUGGUACGGUGUUCUCCGUGAAGACGCGCACUUGCAUCAUGUGGGCGAGUGCCGUCUCCUCAAAGAUCGUGGUCACGAGUCAGGUCGAGUGGACUGGGCGUAGCUUCAUUAAAGGGAUCAUCGAGAGGUCAUGCAUUGACGGACAGAAAACCUACCACGCUGAUCUAGAAAAAGCUGUCAGACGAUAUAUCGCCGAGCACCAGUCCGAGUUCAUUCCUGAGGGUGUGGAUGCCGCGGCCGUCGUAGCUUCGGAAGCUGAAGCCAGGGCCGAAGAAAUCGAGUCUCAGCGUUCCUUGUCGGCCGCGGACGUGCGCAAGGAACGGGAUCACGAACGAGGACAGCGUAGCCUGCAGUGGGCGUACGAUACCUUCGAGGGUGCGAUGAAAGUGGCGAAACAAUCGACCGAGGGCGCGCUCGAGAUUCUAAAGGACGCGUGGGAUAACGCUUCCGGCACCACCCUUCUAUAUAUCAUCAUCGUCGCCUUAGUCAUCAGCAAUGUUUGGACAUUGACGAUAGUCGGAAAACGAGAAGAUGUCGGGAGGCGGAAGGAACGGAGCAAGGUGGAAGAACGCGAAAAAUGGAUCCACGGCGUUGUCACCGCACUCUGGGAGGAACUGCAGUCGAGCCCCAACGCGGCGUCUCCACAGGCAGCACGAGCUCCCGGCGACUGGCGUGACGAACUCGCAGAUAUCCACACCACUCUCGACCUCGUCGAACUUCGAGUGAAACACUUGCGCGAGAGCCUUAAUGAUCUCAACUAAUGUGGGCCUGAUUCUUUUUGGGUCUAACGGUAUUCUGUGUGGAGGUCGUGCUCAAGUCUUGAUAUGCUGGACAUUGUCUAUGAAUUUGUAUUGUUUGGUAUCUUCUGGUCUGUAACAUAGCGAAGGAGAGCAAUAGCAGGCAUCAUUUG